AUGAGCGAAAUGUUGAUGACGCGUUCUUCAGAUAUGGGUGAUGAAAAUAAUAUUAAUCCGAUCACUUCUGUGAUUAUCGUUGCUGAUAAAAAUCGGUGCCCACGUGGAUUCGCUCCGAUUAUAAAAACGUUCGACGAACAGAGUGAUGCCGAUUUGUGGAGGGAAAGUUCGUUCACUUUUUUUAAUCGACCUGUACGAUAUUUGGCAAUCAGUAGAGACACUCCUCAUAAUACAGUUGGUACACAUGUCGUGACUGAUUUAUGUGUCGUAAAGGACUCUGAUCCAAUUCCCAUGGGUUUUAUCGCCAUAGAUUAUACAGCUGACUCAAAGGAAAAAGCUUUACGCAAAAAAUAUCUUUGUGUGCGUACGGUAGCUCGAGAUGCUGUUGUUGAUGCGAUUGGGGAAAUCGUUUUAUUAAGUAAGAUGAGAAGACCACUCAAGAAUUAUUCAUCUGCUGGUGAAGUGGAUGGUAUUUUAAUAUGCUUCAAGCAUAUUGUAAUCCCAUCGUCAUUUGGCGUUACAUUACCUCGUAGCAGAUCCACAACCUCUGUAUUGUAUCCAUCCAUUGGAACUAGUGAGUUCCGACAUUCCAAUCCUACGCUGGACAAAGCAAAGACUGGCAUUGCAGGAAAUGCUUUGACUAUAAAAUCGAGUGUGAAACGAGGUGUAGAGGAUGUUCCUUUCAAAUUGAAUCCUAAGGUGGAAAGCAGCUUAGCUAGAAAUAAGUUGGACACGUUACCGGAAUUAAAGAAAUGUGAUUCUGAACAAUUGGAUCGUGAUUACAGUUAUUACUUUACUCUAGAACGGGCAAUGCUUUCUAAUUCCUGA